UCUCUUCCCUUUCUUUCCACUCUUUCUUGUCAUUUCUCCAGCUGAUUUCUUCCUUUCUUUUCACCAAAAAAGGGCUUUUGCUUGUUUGUUUUUGUUUGUUUUGUUUUGUUUUUAGCGGUGGUGAGCAAAAAGGGCAUGGUCUACAUUAGGGCAACUUUCUGAGGGAAGAUGAACCUACCCUCCCCCACAGAAUAAACCCUUCUCCGUUUCUCCAGCCGUGAAUGGUGGGAGUGUUGGGGAACACUGGAGGGCCUGGGAGGCGCUCUUUCCCUGCAAGUCGUGGCCCUGCGCUGAGAUAAUAAUAGUUACAUUAUCACUGCCUAGGGCAGUGCUGCAGCACAGAGCUACGCGGUCUCCUAGCGACCCGGUGUCUGGGAACAAACCCUGACUAAAUGCCUGCAGAGGUCCGGGAGAGCCAGCACCAUGGCGGACCACAGGCUGCUGUGGCGGCGGCCCCGGGCGCAGGCCCAGGCGCCCGCUGCCGCAGCCCUCAACUACAGGCCCUGGUACAAAGAGAAUCUGCCACCCAAGUGUUUCACUAAGCACAAUAACAAGAUGAAGCAUCCCACCCUGCUUGACAGUCGGCGGUGGAUCUUUGUGAGAAAGGGACUGGAUGACUUUAGGAAAGGCUGUCCUCCUAGCCAAGGUCUCAUCACUGGCGGCUUUGAAGGCUUUCUCCCCCAGGUUCAUCACAAAGUUCCCCAGCCUACCCCAAAGAAGAGGCAGAUGACACUGCUCCAGGAAGCAGCCUUGCUUUCCAAAGUCUCACCAGCUCAGCAAACAAGAAAAGCUUUGAUGGCAGAUAUUGAAGACUCGCAGACCUUGGCUUUCUACCAGAAUCUAAAAGAAGAUUUAUCUGGAGAGCUUCUAUUAAAGGUUCUAGAAGUGUUGAAUCCAGACAGGAAAUUGAUGGACACAUGGACUUCUUGUGAGGACAUCAGGAAAAGUGUGAAAGAACCUGAAAAACUUUUAAAGAAACAUUCUACUGGAAUCUCUCUGGACCCCUUAAAUCCCAAGAAGGCUUCUGUGUCACAUCCAGGUCAAUUGUUUUAUAAAGAGAAGAAAAGUGAGUUGGAUGUGCUCCAUAAAGAUGAUCCUGUGUUUUAUGAAAAUGUACAUAGAGAAGUUAAUGACUUCUGCAACUGGGUCACUAGUUUUGGGAUUUCAAAUAUUAAUGAAGACUUCAUCAUGAAACAGUUUCAGGUUGACUAUCUGAGCCAAACAAACAGUGACAUGCUUCACAUUUUCAAUCUCAACCGGAUUCCUCUGGAGCUAAAGAAGAGUUUAGGAGCAAAUACGCUGCAGAAACCAGAACUUAUCCAGAAAUCACCCGAUAAGCAGAAACUACAAAAUUCACAGAAUCCUUGUAAACCCAAGAGGAUAAAGAUGAGGUAUGGAGCAUGGUAUCUGAACACCAAGUUGUGGAAAAAACUAAGAGCAGAUGAGCCUUUGGUUGACCCCAAGACCACACAUAAAGCUCAAGAUAAUUUCAAAAAGAAAUUUCAGAAAGAGGAAUUAUUUGAAGAGCUUCAUGGACCAGCUGCUUUCAAGGAUUUCAUUCUUAGAAAGGGCUACAGUAUGCCAAGUAUCCUUGAGAAGGUAAAUAUCAGGAAGACAUACAGAAAGUGGACUAACACUCCUAUCAUAAGAUUCAGCAUAGAAGAAUCACAGGAAGAUGCAUAGAGAGAUUAUGUUUGCCUUAUACUUGGCUUUUUCUCUCUCUCAUUUAAAACAUUAAACAAAUUUUACUAUGGGUGAGUUUCCCAUCAGAGAUAUACAACUUUGACUUGGUAACACCUAACUACAAAUUUUAUACCUAAUACUCACAACAUUUCACAAUGACUUUUUAUUUCAGUUAAUAAUUUAUGUUUUAUCAACAAUAAGUAUCCACAUAUAAUCUCAUACUUUUGUAGUAUUAGCAAUAUUAGAGUUAUAUCAACUACUUGCAAAAAAUAAAAUAGAAUUUAUAAAUUGCA